UUUUACGUGGGUUUCAAGCAAUGUUGUCCCCUAAAGAAAUUCUGCGUCUUUUAACAAAAAGGGCGAAAUCAAAAUCAAAAUCAAGAGUUCCUCAUGCGAAUUCGUCUGUCGGAUCAGGCGAUUUAGUACCGGAGGAAGAUCCAACCGGAAGAUUUCUAAAAUACUGCGAAAUCUUGGGUAAAGGAGGAUCGAAAAUCGUGUACAAGGGUUUCGAUAAAGUUCAUCGUAUUGAAGUUGCUUGGUGUCAGAGUCUUGUCAAUCCUGAAAAUUUCGACAUGCUUCUAUCAGAAGUUAAUUUACUCAAGUCUUUAAAUCAUGACAGAGUCGUCAGGUUUUUUCAUUAUUGGAUCAAUGAAAAGAACAUGACUCUGAAUAUUAUUACCGAGUUGUUUCCUUCAGGAUCUUUAAAGAAUUAUUGUUCCAAGAAUCGAAGGUAUCUUAACACGGAAGUAAUCAAGAAUUGGGCCAGGCAGAUUCUGACAGGAUUAAUCUAUUUGCAUAGCAACCGUAUAGUUCAUCGCGAUUUGAAGUGCGACAAUCUGUUGGUUACGAGAGAGGGAGAAGUUAAAAUUGGAGAUUUCGGAAUAGCAAUCGUGAUGAAUCAGAAUCAGAAUUCUCUUCCGAGUGUUGUGAAGGGCACUCCUGCAUUUAUUGCUCCCGAGGUUUAUCAAGAAGGUGGCGAAUUUAAUGAGUUUGUCGAUAUUUAUGCUUUUGGGAUGUGCAUACUCGAGAUGGUGACAGGGGAAUAUCCGUAUAGCGAAUGCAACGGCAUGGAAGAGAUACGAAAGAAGCUAGCUUCAGGUUUAAAACCUGAUUCUCUUGCGAAAGUGAAAGAUCCGCAAGUUCGGGAAUUCAUCGAGAAGUGUAUUGUUCCGGCUUCCGAGAGAUUGUCUGCAAUUGAGCUCCUGAAAGACCCUUUUCUAGGAAAUAAUUCUGACUCAAAGAUUACAGAUAUGUCUAAUUUGAUUUCGGAGAUGAUUGGUGCUUUCAGAAUGGACGGCAGCGAUCAACAUUGCAAAUAUUACAGUCAGGAUUGCCGAGACAGAUCAAAGAUGAUGACACCUAUCUUCUGAUGUUUCGGGUUUUGAUCUGUAAAAUUUUAUUCUGAUGUUUCAGGUUUUGAUCUUUACAU